UAAUUGAGACUUUUAUUCUUUUGUUAUGUUUAUUAAGUUUGCGUUUGCCAAGUGAAGGGUAGGCGGAUAACUCAGUGUUCGGCUGUUCGGUUCCCAGCAGUGUUUCGUAAACACCACAGUAAAGGUGUGGUUUCUCUGCCCCAAAAAGCUUCCGUCUAUUCAGCCCACAGCUAGAGUCUGCGCAACAGGAGACGGGGAGGGGAGCGGCGCAGUCUGUCCUCUGACCGGCCAGCAGCGAGGAGAAAACACUUUCCACAACACUUUCCAACAUGAGCCAGUACGGAGGGUCCACGUCCAGACUGGCCUCCAUGGGCCUGAGGAGCAACUCCAGACCCGAUCUGUCGAGUCCGAGCUUCAGAAACGAUGUCUUUGUCGGCGGCAACGGCUUUCCGGUGGAUUACCAGGGAGGCGAAGGAGGAUACCACUACACGUCCACCUUCUCCAGGUCCUCCAUGCCGGGGGGAGGGGGGCAGAGGAUCCAGAUGAGUACGGUGGGCGGCGGCGGCGGCGGCGGAGGACUCAGUGCCCAGGGUGCACAACAGAAGGCCAUGUUCCUGACAAGCCAGUGUCAGGAAUAUCUGCAGAGAGCCAAAAUGAUCCUGCAGAAUGGGGGUCCAGCCGUGGAGGUGGAGAAGCUGUUGAUCGCUGCGUCUGAAUCAAUGGAGUAUUUGAAGCUGGUUGGCCGGGAUCUUCAGCAGAUGCGUGUCCCGAACGAUGUCUUCAGGAGCGUCGACCAAUUCCAGCACAUGCAUUCUAUGAUGCAGCAGCAGUUGAUGGGAUCCAUGACCACCAGGCGGAACAGAGGGAGUGUCGGGUCCAUGGAUGGAGGGAGGCUCUUUAAUGACGCCAUUGCCUGGAUAGCCCAGCAGAAGCGGAUGAUCGAGACGGCUCCCUGGGGGGACGAUUCUGCUACCAUCGAGAACCAGAUCAUGAGCCACAGCAAAGUUCACAGUUCACUCCAGAGGAGUCCAGAGGUGGACCGGGCCAGAGAUGACCUGAACAUGCGUGGAGACAGAGCCAAUCUUCAUGUUUUGGACCAAGAAUGGGACAGUUUGCAGAAAAUGUCCCACAACCGCAUCGGACAGCUGCGAGAGCUGCAGGGCAUCAUCGAGGAGAUCUUCCGCGCCAUCAUGUGGGUGAACGAGAGGGAAGAGGAGGAGCUGGUGUUCGACUGGGGCGACAAAAACAUCGACCAGUACAUCCCCAAGAAGCAAGAGAGCUACUCGAGGCUGAUGAGAGACCUGGAGGAGAAGGAGAAGGAGCUGAACAAGCUGAAAGUGAAAGCAGAUGGACUCUUGAGCAACAACCACCCCGCUUCGGAUAAAAUUGAGGCCUACAUGGACACUCUGCAGACCCAGUGGAGCUGGCUACUCCAGAUCACCAAGUGCAUUCACGUCCACUUGAAGGAGAAUGCUGCCUACAGCCAGUUUUUCAAGGAGGCCAAUGACACCUACGCCAAGCUCCAGAGGGAGCACGAGAACAUUCGCAACAAGUUCACCUGCGACAAGAACACUCCUCUGGAGAGCCUCACGGAGCUGCUCAAGAACCUGGAGAAAGAGAAGGAGCGCAUCAUGGAGAACAAACGUCAAGUCCAAAGUUUGGUCAACAAGUCCAAGAGCAUCGUGAGGCUCAAACCUCGCAACCCUGAGGAGAGGAACACUGGCCAGGUGAUGGUCCAGGCCCUGUGUGACUUCAAGCAAGACCAGAAAGGGAUUUUGAAGGGCAACGAGGGCAUCCUGAAGGACAACUCGCAGCGCAGCAAGUGGCUGGUGACCGGUCCUGGAGGUCUGGACAUGCUGAUCCCCUCCGUGUGUCUGCUCAUCCCCCCACCCAACCCGCUCAGCAUCGGCCUCGCCACCAAGAAUGAGCAGUAUUAUGAAGCCAUCAUGGGCAUCUGGAACCAACUGUACAUCAACAUUAAGAGUCUCAUCUCGUGGCAGUACUGCCUGAAAGACAUCAACUACAUCAACUCCCUGACAGUCAGCAUGUUGUCCAAGAUGCGUCCAGACGAGUACCGCAGCCUCAUCAAACGACUGGAGACCCACUACCAAGAGUUCCUGCGCACCAGUCAGGGCUCAGAGCUGUUUGGCGAGGAGGACAAGAAGAACAUCCAGAGCCACUUUGACAAAGCCCAGAACCACUACGAUACACUGAUCAUUCAGCUGCCCUCAUACAGAGGUGAGGAGGUGGUCAAGGUGGAGCCCACAAAACCGGACACCAGUAAGUCUUCCAAGGUGACCAAGACCACGGUGACCAAGGUGUCGGUGCAGCCGCCGGCCCCUGCCGUCAGCCUCAGUCUGCUCAACAGCCUGCAGGAGAUCCGACGCAGACUGGAGCUGGCCGAGUCGGGCCUGACCAGCCACCUCCACGUCCACAUGGGGGAGAACGGCCUUCACGAGUGCGCCGUCCACAUCCAGAAGAUGCAGAACGUGCACCAAGAUUUGGACUCAAUUCACGACGAGUACAUCCGUCUGAGAGAGGUGAUCAUCAAGCAGCUGGAGGGGAUCCCUGCUGACUCGGAGCACGCCAAGUUCCUGCGCUCCGAGCUGGAAAUCAUCAACGCCAAACUCGGAGGCCUGCAGGGACUUUACUCCGCCUACAUCCAAAGACUGUCUGCCCUCCAAGCUCUGCUUCAGAGUCUCCUCCAGGCUGAGGACAUCAUCAAAGUCCAUGAGGCUCGGCUGACCGAGAAGGAGACCACCUCCCUGGACCCGCGGGAGUUGGACAACUAUCGUAGCACCCUCAAGCAAAUGAAGAGUGACUUGGAGCUGAAAAGAAACCUGCUGACUGCGAUGGAGUCGGACCUGUCUAAAGCCGUCCACUGGAACAGUCAGAUCACGGAUCCCUACCACAAGUGUGACGUGGAUUUGUCCAAGUUCUCCGAGCUGGUGUGUCAGAUGUCGGACCGCUGGCGCCGCAUUCAUGCCCAGAUAGACAACAGGAUUUGGGAGAUGGACAAGCAGGAGAAGCAGCUCAAGGAUUAUAACCAGAACCGGACCUUGGCUGAGGACUGGAUCAAGGACGCCAAGAAGCGCCAGGACAGUCUCCAGACGGUCAAGCUCAAUGACAUCCAGACGGUGACGGAACACCUCAACAAGCAAAAGGCGCUUCACAGUGAAAUUGCUGGCAAAAAGGAGAAAGUAGAUCAUGUCCAGAAAGACGCGGACACCUUUGCUGCCUCCAUCAAGGACUACGAGAUGGAGCUGGCUUCCUACAGCUCCGGCCUGGAGACUCUGCUCAACAUUCCCAUCAAGAGAACGAUGCUACAGUCGCCAGCUACUGUCGUCAGACAAGAGGCAGCUGAGGUUCAGUCCAACUACAUUGAGCUGCUCACCCGCUCAGGCGACUACUACAAGUUCCUUGGUGAGCUGCUGAAGAACAUGGAGGAGCUGAAGAUCCGCAACACCAGGAUUGAAAUGCUUGAGGAAGAACUAAGGCUCCUCAGAGAGAACCUUCAGGAUCAAGGCCUGAAAUACAAGACCCUGGAAGAUCUGUUGGCCAAGUACAAGCUGGAUCUCAAUCUGUCCAAAGAGCAGCUCAUCUCAAUGGAAGAAGUGAAAAGAACCUCGGCUUUCCAAGUCAAUGCUGCCCGGGAGAGUCUGGACAGCACACAAACUCAGAUCCAGGAACUCCAAGAGCAGCUGACCCGCCUCAAGUACCAGCUGGAAGAAGAGAAGAGGAAGAAGCGGCUGGCCGAAGAGCGCUACGCCAGCCAGCAGGAAGAGUACGAGGGAGUCAUCCGGCGCAGACAGAAAGAGCUGGAGGAGCUCAACUGGGCCAAGAUUGAUUUAGAGAAGUCAGUGAAGGACAAGGAACGUGAACUGGAGAGGCUGAAGAUACUGUUAGAAGAGGAAACAGGACGUCGAAGAAUUGCUGAAUCUGAUAUCUCAAAGGUAAGAACACAGUGCAACCAGGAGAUAAGUCAGCUUAAGCAGACGUAUGAGUCAGAAAUCCACGUCACCAAGACCACCAUCCUGAAAGCCUCUCAGAAGAAAGAAGAGGACACCGCAGAUCUGCGACUGCAAUUGGACAGGCUCGCUGCGGAGAAGAGAGAUGUGGAAGAGGAGCUGAGGAGACUCAGGCAGUCCGUGUCUUACGCUGAGGAGCAGAAAAACAGAGCCGAGCUGGAAGCCAACCAGCAGAGGGCGUCUGUGGCGCAGGAGACUCGGAUUCGGAGUGAGCUGGAGGUUCAGAUCAGAACCCUCAAGCAGCAGAGAGGAGACGAUGAGCAGAAUCUAAAGGAGGCAGUGAAGGGUAAUCAGGAGAAGAGCAGGCAAAUCAGCGUCUUGACCUUCAACCUGGAGGAGGAAGGCAAGAAGAGGAGAGCGUUAGAGCUGGAGCUCAAUCAGCUGAGGCAGACAGAAGCUGAGCUGAGGUCCAAGAACGCGUCCCAAGUCGAUACGAUUAACAGGCUGAAAGUGUCGGAGGAAGAGAUCCACAUCACCAAAGUGGAACUUCAGAAGCAGGCGAGUGAAAAAGCCAAAGCCGAGCAGAGCUCUGUCAGGCUUCAGACCCGCAUCAAAGACCUUCAAAACUCUUUGGAUGUAAUGGAAGCUGAGUUGGAGAAACAGAAAAGGGCAAACCAGGAAGAGUUCACUCGAAGAAAGAGGCUGGAGUCGGAGUUGGAGAGGGUGACGCAGACCUGCAGGGAGCACACGACUACCAUCAGCAGCCUGAAGUCCAUCCAGCUGGAAGCCUCCAACACUGGGAGGAAAUACGAGCAGGAUCUCAGGUCCCUUCAGGACGCCCUGGACAGGAGCCAGAAGGACCACAGAAUAACAAAAGAAGAACUCGCAGCUAUCACCGCCGAGCUCAGGGCUCUGAAACAGAAGCUCCAGCAAGAGCAGGCUAAAGUCCACGAGCUCAACCAGCGAAACGAAGGCCUUUACCGGACCAUCGAGGAGAAGAGCCGCCAGCUGAACGAGACCACCGCCGAGAUCGGUACGUUGAAGACGAUGACGCAGAACCUGACGAAGGAGAGGCUGAGGCUGGAGGAGGAGCUGAGGGCGGUCAGACAGGAACGGGAGGAGCUGAGGAUGAGCAAAGACGCCAUCGACGGAGAGAGCGCCACUCAGAUCGCGGCCCUGCACGUCCAGCUGCAGACUAGCACCAAGAAGACGGCGGAGCUCCAGGCGCUCAUCAAUGGCCUGACCACGGAGAGAGAAAAGUUAGAACUGGAAAUAGAGAAAUUCCGAAAGCAAUCUCUUGAGACGUCCAUGAUGGUGCAUGAGUCUCAAAGCCAGUACACUGAGCUCCAGAUGGAGAGGGACAGCCUGCUGUCCAAGCUCAAAAUGCUGGAGCAGGACAAGCUCCGCUACCAGCGCCUGGAAGAAGAGCUGAACCGUAUCAAGAUCACGCUGGAGACCGAGCUGCGCAACAAGCAGCGCAUUCAGGACGAGCUCAAUUCUACCCUUAAAGAUUCCAAAUACAUGAAGAGUCAGUUUGAGCUAAAAGAAAGCCAGAUCCGCCAGUUUGAGUCAGAUCGGGAUAAGGCCGACCGGGAACGCCUCUCUCUGAAGAAUGAGAUCGAAAGGCUCAUGAGAGAGCUCCGUACUAUUGAGGAGAAGUUCAAGAGCAGGCUGUUGCUUUCAGAGAAGGAAGCGGCCGAGCUGGCUCUUGUACGAGACGCCUUGCAGAAAGAGAUACAGAGGCUGAAGCAGAGGCCCAGCACUCUUGCCAGACAGACCCAGACCGAUGAGAAAUUCCCAACCAUCGAUCCGUCCAAGCUUGUUUUCAAUGGUGUCCGCCGCAAGGUCACAGCGCACCAGCUCUGCGACUGCGGCAUUAUCACCAAGGCCACCCUGGAGCAGCUCCUGAAGGGACAAAGAACGGUUGAUGACGUUGCCGUAGACAUCCAGGUUCCCCUCAAAGGCACCGGUGUGAUUUCUGGAAUUACAUCAGGUUCACAAGGAAAAAUGCCCUUCACUGAAGCUAAAAACAAAAACUUCCUUAGUCCCGAGAGCUGCAUCAUGCUCCUGGAAGCUCAGGCAGCAACUGGCUACAUUGUGGACCCCACGUUCAAUGAAAAGAUGUCGGUGGACACAGCCUGUUCCAGGGGGAUUGUCGACACAGACGACAGAGAUGUUUUGCUGAAAGCAGAGGCUGCCAGUGUUGGCUUCAAAGAUCCAUUCAGUGGCAAAGUCUUGUCUGUAGGUCAGGCUUGCAAACAGGGUAGAGUGGACAAAGACAUGGCGGUACGCCUGCUGCAGGCGCAAGAGUCCGUGGGAGGCAUCAUCGACCCGGUGCUGGGUGUGUUCCUCCCUAAGGAUCUGGCCUUAGAUCGCAACCUCAUUGACGAGGAUCUGUACAGGGCUUUGAAUAAAAAACCCACCUGCUACCUGGAUCCAGCGACAGGAGACAAAAUCAGCUACAGCGACCUUCGCAAGAAAUGCACGAUAGAACCUGUGAAUGGGUUGCUCCUGCUGCGCGGUCCAGAGAAGCCAAUGACGGUGAAGGGUCUGAGAGGGGAAGUCAGUUUGACUGAACUCGUCAAUGCCGAGCUUCUCGACGAAACCGACCUGGCCAAACUCAACAGAGGCGAAAUAUCCAGCAAGGAUAUCGAGGACAGGCUCAAGUCAUACCUUUAUGGCUCGACCUGUAUCGCUGGGCUCUAUGUCGAAGCGGAAGACAGAAUCAUGCCCUUUUACCAGGCGAUGAAGGAAGGUCUACUCAUGAGAGGAACCACCUUGGAGCUCCUCGAGGCCCAAGCAGCGUCUGGUUUCAUUGUUGAUCCGGUGAACAAUAUUUUCCUGACAGUUGAGGAGGCUGCCAAAAGAUCUCUUAUCGGUAAGGAGUUUAAGAACAAGCUGUUGUCAGCAGAAAAGGCAGUGACUGGCUACAGAGACCCAUCGACGGGCAAGACCAUCUCCCUCUUCCAGGCCAUCGAGAAGGAUCUGAUUGAGAAGGGUCAUGGAAUCCGCCUGCUUGAAGCUCAAAUCGCCAGCGGAGGAAUCAUCGAUCCCAAAGAGAGUCAUCGUAUCGAUGUUGACGUCGCAUACAAAAGGGGAUAUUUCGACGAGGAAAUGAAUGAGAUUUUGACUUAUGAGGGAGAUGACACCAAAGGGUUCUUUGACCCCAACACCAAAGAGAACCUCACGUACCUUCAGCUGAAGGAGCGUUGCAUUACAGAUCCAAAGACAGGCCUAGUUCUUCUGCCCUUCGGAGACAAAAAUAAGGCCCAAACAUCAGAGGAAAGCCGAACCAAUGUCCUCCGCAAAAGGAGGGUGGUGAUUGUUGAUCCUGACACGGGUUUGGAGAUGUCUGUGAGGGAGGCCUAUCACAAGCAGCUGAUUGACUACGACACCUUCUUAGACUUGUCAGAACAGGAGUGUGAGUGGGAGGAAAUCACAAUCACAGGAUCAGAUGGAGCUGCACGUGUCGUGAUCGUGGAUAGGAAGACCGGCACCAAGUAUGACAUCCAAGACUGCCUUGAGCGUGCCAUCAUUGACCAAGGGACCAUGGAUAACUAUCGCUCUGGAAAAAUGUCCUUGACGCAGUUUGCCGAUUUGAUAUCCAGCAGGAGCAGUAGCAGCGAGAUGACUAUUUCCACCAGCAGUGUUGAAGACAUGGUCACCUGCAGCAGCCCCACCCAAGCUGCGCCGUCCUCCCCAACUGUCCGCAGGCGGUUCAACAGUAUUUCCAUCACUGUCUCCCCCCCUGAGAUGUUCGACGACCACAGUCCCGUAGGAGCCAUAUUCGAUACCGAGACCAUGGAGAAGAUAACUAUAGCAGAGGGGCUCAAAAGAGGGAUUGUUGAUACCAUAACAGCACAGAGGUUGUUGGAGGCGCAAGUGUGCACCGGGGGUAUAAUAAACCCCGCCACAGGUGAGAGGCUGUCACUGCAGGAUGCUGUCCAUCAAUGCGUCAUCGAUGAAAGCUUCGCUUCAAAGUUGAAACCCGCCCAGAAAGCCUUUAACGGCUUUGAGGAUGUGAAGACCAAAAGAAAGAUGUCUGCAGCUCAGGCUGUGAAGGAGUCAUGGCUGCCUUAUGAAGCCGGUCAGAGGUUCCUGGAGUUCCAGUACUUGACCGGCGGCCUGAUCGAGCCCGAGAGCGGACAUCGGAUUUCCAUCGAAGAGGCUAUUCGCAAGGGUUGGCUCGACGGCCAGGCGGCACAGAAGCUUCAGGAUGUGAAGACCCACCAGAAGAACUUGACCUGCCCCAAAACCAAGCUGAAAAUCUCAUACAAGGACGCGAUGGAUAGCUGCAUGGUGGAAGAAAGCAACGGAAUGAAGUUGCUGCAGGCCUCCUCUAUAUCCAGCAAAGGCAUCAGCAGCCCUUACAACGUCUCCAACCCUGGAUCCAGGCCUGGUUCCCGCCCGAGCUCCAGAAACGGAUCUCGAAGACAAAGCGUUGAUUAUUCUUCAAAUUACACCUUCAGCUUCUCUUCCAGCAGCACCACCCACAGCUCUAGCACCCACUGACAAGCCGCGCUGUCCGCCAUAUUUACUCCCUAGCUUUGCUAAAAUAGCUCACAGGUAGACAUACUGUAUGUUUCGACGCCGACAGAUUGUAAUGGAUUUGCAUUUUUUGGGGGGGGGAUUUGGUGAUUUCAUCUUUUUAAGGAUCAAAGUUGGAAAGUUGAAUGAAUAGUUUUGUCUUGAUAUUAAUAUAUGGCUUCAUUGACACAUUGUGUAGCGGUGCUGCGUCACACGCCUAAACAAUUUGUUGUUGGUUUUUUUUAUGACACUUGUAGCUUGCUGUAUUGUGUCUGUUAUAGAAACAUUUUAUUAUUGAGUUCAAGUGUUUUUGCCUGAUUUUCGAAACUGCUGAUCACUUAACAUGGCUUGCUUUACGAUUGAAGAAAUAAAGACGUUA